UAAGGAUUUCAACAGUGUUCUGCCGGCCAUUGCACAACCAAAAACAACUUCUGUUGCAGUCCAGUUAAGAUUUGUUUAAUUCAAAAUGCAUUUUUCACUGUCCGUUUUCGCUGUUCUUUUGGCUUGCGUAGCAGCCCAAAAUCAACCCCAGUACGUAGUUUUCCGCAGUCCUUACCAAGCUCCCUUCUAUGGCGAUAGCGCAGACGUACUCAAUCCAGAAGAUCCCCGACUUUUACUACCUACCACUACCCUGACCUCUACCUCAACUUCAACAGCCACCUGCACCAAGUCUGUAGCCACAGAAUGCACUCGCAAACGCCGAGGUCUCUUGUAUGACGGAGAAGAAGAACAACAAUUCCCCAUCGUUCCCUCAACUGUUGAAGGUGUUGAGACUACUCAGGUUUCAGCUCGUGAGGCUCGCGCUGCUGAUCCCCAGUUGUUGGCUAUGGCUUCGCCGCUCGCCUACCAACCCCAAUCCGCUUUCCGUAGUGGAUCCUUCAACUACCGUCCAGUUGUCGUACCUUACUUUGGCUCGCACGGCCAACCUGUUGCGGACGAACGUCUUUUCUUCACCCAAAUUCAGUCCGCUUUGACUGUGACAAGGACUUCGACUGUCUUCACUGUCACCACUUCCACCUCUACUCCAGAUUGCAGCAAAACCGGAACAUUUCCCCAGUGCCCAAAUGCUUAAAUAUUUCAAUUUAAAAUAAGCGUCGUACACAUAUCUGCUUUUUAAAGCUCAGAAAGUACUGUACUGGAACAUCUAUUCUGUUCAUUAUUUAAUAAAUACCCCUUAGCAUCA